GCAAUAUUUAAUUGUUGCCAUGUAAUUUAGAUAACAGGAAUGUUAUUAUCAAAUACAAUGUGCAGAAAAGUAAGCUGAAUAGCCAAGUCUGUUCAGAACUUUGAAAUAUUUUUCAAAGUGCUCUCCCAUGCAUUUGAAAUCGGUUUGAGAUCAGUAUCUGCAGAGUUUAUUUGAACGAGCAGUUUUAACACUCACGGCUCAUGGUUCAGGUCAGCAAGAAAUCCAUUGCAUGUGCAUAAAUCUGCUCUUUUGGUUCCCCUUUGUUGCCUCCUGGAGGGAGAAGUUAGCAGUGGUUGAGCUCAUUAUUUUUUAAAAUAAUAUAUACUUGGCUAAUGCAAAUCCUAAAAAGUGAAAGUGUUUGAAGAAGGAUCCCGAACCGAGCUGCCUGACCCAUGGAGUUACCCUAGUAUUUUGCGUCCUUUUUUGUAAAUCAGCAUCUGUAGUUCCUUGUUUCCAUCUAAGAAAUUGUGUUAGGUUGGCUACUACAGCAGAACAUACAAUGAAGGUAAAAUCAUUAAUGAAGCAAUUAGUUCAUCUGAAAUCACUGCCCUGAAAAACAGCAGCAACAAUUGCCCGAGGGUUCCAAAAUCUCUGACAAUCAAGGCGAUUAAUCUGUGCAGUAGGAGACGUGGAGAAACUAAGAGAAACAUGAGAAAUCAGACAGAAGAAUGGAAGUCCAAAUAAAUUAUGAAAACAUUAAAAGCAAUAAUGGGGAGAGGUGACAUGCUAUGGAGAGUGUAUUGAGCAGACUGUAAAAUUGAAAGACAUAGGGGAUAGGAUAAAGAAGAAAAUGUUGGAGAAAUAAUUUCAGGAAUGGUUACCAUAAUUUUCUUUUCCUUCCUACAAACAUUAUUCAUUUGCCACCCAAAGACUUUACAUAUUUUAAAAUUAGGAUAUUCACAAUUGACAAUUAUAAUAUUAUUAAACUGAUGCCAGGAGACCAAUUUGUUUCUAAAGAUGAAGACUGCAACAAAACUGCACCCUUUCUGUUUAUUGCUUUGGUGGAAAAUGUAUAUGUGAUUGUCGAUUAGAAAAUAUUGAUGUACAGAGCGAUCUGGGUGUUGUACACAAGUUAGUGAAAACAAACACACAGAUGAGUGUUAAGAAAUAUGAAGUAGUUAGGAAGGCAAAUGAUAGUUAACAUAAAUGUUUCUUAAAAAUUGCAGAGUAAAAAGUAAACUACUGGAGAAACUCAGAAGGUCAGGCUGUAUUUGUCGUGGAACCGAUGAGCAUAGUCUUCAUUUCGAGAGCUUUUGAGUAGAGGUGCAAGGAUAUUUUACUACAACUGUGGGGGGGUGGGGGGGGGGGGGGGGGACUUUGGUGAAACAUUACCUCGAGUCUCGUUUGCAGUUUGUAAAUGGCAAAAUAAGUCUGAAGGGCCAAAUGGCCUUCUCGUGCUCUUAUUCUUUGUUUCUGCGUCGACUGUGGUUAUUUUACUUCUUUAAAUUGGUUCUGCUGUUCAUGUCUCUUCGUCGAUGCUAAUUUAAAUCUGACCGACACGGUCAAUUAUCAUGCGAUUUCCCGCUACUUUGAGGAAGCCAACAACAGGUUCCGGUCUCGAUACCAAUAGGAAAAUGCUUUACAGUUGCACAUGGUCAUGCACCAAAUUCACAAAAGCAGGAUUUUGCGUUACAAACGAAAGAUUGACAUAAACAGAACUAAAGGCGAUUAACUAGCUUGUAUAUUACACUCGGCAAACGAAUUAAAAUAAUCAAUAAAUGUUAUUGCAUUGGUUCAGCAAAGCGUAAGUGCAUUUUCCGUGGCUUGCAGCGAUGCAUGUUAUCGCCGUGUUAUAACGUUUAGUAAAUCGCUAUGGUUCCCAUGUGUUUGUUUUGUGAAAUCUAAAAGCGUGAUAGAGCUUUCUAUAUUUUCCUUGACUAUUUUCAGACGCGAUGUAGCUGUUUCACCAACAGGGUGCGAGGCUGGCUGCGAGCUGCCUGCAACGUACUGGAUGUGAAGAGUUUAAGUACGCGUCCAAGAGGCAGAUUAUGUUACCUUUUGUGAUCCGAACUGUUGACAUUCUCUGGGGCUAUGGGUUGCAGUGAUAAAAUGUGCCUUAUUCACUGUGUAACAGUGCACAAACCCAGCAGACAAAUUAUCAUCCCGUCUGCUUAUCAAACUGCCUGCAGGAGAAACAGUCUUUGUCAAACUCCACGUUUGUGUGGUACAGUUUUGUUCUGCUUUCAUGAGAUUAGCGACCUGUCAGAAUGCUUCGCGUUUGGUUAAUUUAAAUAUAUCCCAUUAAUCGACUGUCAGACGCUGACGUGCGACUGUAUUUGGAUGGUUCUCCAGGGGGAGGUUUAGAAGUAGGCGAUUCCAACUUUCAGCGCGACACAUUAGCGCUGUUCUCGCUGUAUCCCACGAAGAAGCAUUUCCCUCCAACUGCAAUUCCGAGGGUUAUUGCAAUGAUUUGUUUCACAUGUUCUGUUAUUUUACGAUAUAGCGAGGUAGUCGAUGCAAGUCGUUGAAUCCGGACAUUAACAAAAAGAGCGAGGAGUGUUGAACUUGUGUGGAAUAAGGUAUUGAAACCAUGGGGACGGAGCCCAGAAGCCCAGAUUCGAGUGAAACAGAUUAUUCGGACGAUCAGGAGCUGGUUGUGAACAUCGGCGGGGUCCGCCACGUACUGUAUGGGUAUGCGGUGAACCGUUACCCGGAGAGUCGGUUGGCAGAACUGAUGGACUGCACUGACAACGAAGCCAUCUCCUCUCUCUGCGACGACUACGACAAAAGCAAGAGAGAGUUCUACUUCGACCGAGACCCAGACUCCUUCAAGUGUGUGAUGGAACUGUACUAUUUCGGAGAAAUCCACAUUAAAAAAGGGAUUUGCCCCAUUUGUUUCAAAAAUGAACUAGACUUCUGGAAGAUCGACGUGGACUUUCUGGAUGAGUGUUGCAAAUGUCACCUGGGUGAGAAGAACGACGAGCUGGAGGAAAUUGCCCAACAAGUGAAGCUGAUCCUGGCCGACAGGGGGGAAUCGGCUGAUACCUGUUGGGGCAAAACUGAAAAAUUCCUCUGGAAACUGAUGGAAAAGCCGGAUUCGUCUUGUCCGGCCAGAGUGAUUGCCGUCUUAUCCUUCCUGUUUAUCCUGAUCUCCUCCGUGGUGAUGUGCAUGAGCACCAUACCCGAGCUCCAGGUGAUGGACGAGGAUGGGGACCUGGUGGAGCACCCAGCCAUGGACUCAAUCGAGACGGCGUGCAUCGGUUGGUUCACGGCCGAGUACAUCCUCCGGCUGCUCUCGGCGCCCCACAAGCUGAAGUUUGCGCUCGCUUUCAUGAACAUAAUCGACGUGCUGGCCAUUCUGCCUUUCUACGUCAGCCUGAUCCUCACCACGGUCGGGGCGACCCUGAUGGAGUUGACGAAUGUGCAGCAAGCCAUCCAGGCUCUCCGAAUCAUGCGGAUAGCACGAAUCUUUAAACUGGCGAGACACUCCAGCGGUCUCCAGACCCUCACCUACGCGCUGAAAAGGAGCUUUAAGGAACUGGGCUUGUUGCUCAUGUACUUGGCAAUUGGCAUUUUCGUGUUUGCGGCUUUAGGUUACACGAUGGAACAAAGCCACCCCGAAACGCUCUUUAAAAGUAUACCGCAGUCCUUCUGGUGGGCUAUCAUCACCAUGACCACCGUUGGAUAUGGGGAUAUCUACCCAAAGACAACUCUGGGGAAGAUCAAUGCGGCCGUCAGCUUUCUCUGUGGCAUCAUAGCCAUCGCCUUGCCUAUCCACCCUAUUAUUAAUAACUUUGUCAGAUAUUAUAAUAAACAGAAAGUAUUGGAAACAGCUGCAAAACACGAACUUGAAUUAAUGGAAUUGAAUGCCAAAGCCAGAGAGGCCGAAGAUUCCAGACGUCAACAUAUAGAUAUUGUGAUCACCAAAACAAGUAACCUCUCGCUCAAUAAGAGUAUUAACACUUACAGCGACGCUUUUACUCCACUUUUAGCAGAGGAAAAAUUGCAUCGAAAUAGGCUUCAGAGCUGCAAAUGAACUGAUAGUUCACUAUCGGUACAGACUGGGAAAUGUGCAAUUUUAUUAGGUGUACGGAAUGCCAAACGUAUCGUCUUAUCUCUCGUCAAACACUGAAAAAGCAGACGUUUAUGACUGUAUGCAUGAUACAAAAAUAUAAGAUACUGUCAUUGUUAUUUUCAGUUACAAUAAACCACACUUACCAUAAUGUUCAUUUGGCAUAGAUAAUGACAUUUUCAUUUUUUACAUUUUAGAAAAGAGUUGGUCAGUACAAAAGAGAGUUGGGUAUAUUUUAUGGGGUAUUUGUAACUUGAAUUGUUACAUAGAGCCAGGUAAAAUAAUAUUCCCCAGUUGAAGCCUAAGGACAAAACUAUUAGAAGUGGUUUAACACUGUGACUUACAUUUACAGGUUUUCAUAAUAAAUGAUACUGUGCCACAACCUCUUGUAUACAUGCCACAUGUAUUAUUUCUCAUAAUUGCGACAUGUGAAUUGUGGCAUUAGUUGAUCCUAAACAUUUUCAUGAGUAAUUUGUAAUUUCAUAAUAACAUGUCCUUAAUACUGUACCAAACAGGGCACAAGCUGCUACAAGAAUGAAAAAAAGAAUCAAAAUAAUGGAAACUAAAUUAGACC